CUUGCUCUUGGCAUGAAACGAAAGCACGUUGAAAGACCGUGAUCAACGAAAUUAAUAAAAAUCACGGAUUUUAUGUACUUUUGUAUACAUUGAAAUAGUGCAAUGGUUCGCACAGUUACAUCAGCGGUUGUCAAGGGUGACAGCUCAAAAUAUGAGAUAUAUAGAAAGUUGUGGGAGGCAGUGAAGAAGUUAAACACCUUGCAGACCAAUGCGCAGACCUUGGAGAAAAUACGACAAGAAAGGGACAAAAGGGCCCAUCUCAACAUACCAAGAAUGUGGAAAUACGCAGAACGGAUUGGCAUACAGGAGAAAGAUGUGAACCGCCUCAAUGUCAUACAUGUCAGUGGUACAAAGGGUAAAGGCUCUACAUGUGCCUUCUGUGAGAGUUUGUUACGACACCAUGGUUACAAAACAGGAUUUUUCAGUUCACCACAUUUGGUUGAAGUAAGAGAAAGAUUUUCUGUGAAUGGUGUUCCAUUGGAGCGGGAGAAGUUUGCUUCAUACUUCUGGGAAGUUUACGAUAGACUGGAUAAGACAAAGGCCGAGCAUGAAGACUUGAUGCCAAACUAUUUUGGUUUCCUGACAGUAAUGGCCUUGCACGUAUUUCUGCAGGAACAGGUUGAUGUGGCUAUAAUGGAAGUUGGUAUAGGAGGACAAUAUGACUGCACAAACAUGGUCAGGAAUCCUGUGGUAUGUGGAGUUACCUCCCUUGGUCUAGAUCAUACUUCAAUACUGGGAACAAGCAUUGAUAAAAUAGCCUGGCAUAAAGCUGGAAUAUUCAAGGCACCCUUGUCAGUGUGUCCAGAUAUAAGUACAUAUAGCAGAGAUGUUAAGUUAGGGAUAAAGGGGUCAAUGCAGGCACUAAAUGCUUCCCUAAGUCUUCAGCUCUGUAACACAUGGAUACAGAAACUUAAAGAAAAACCUUCAUUGUGCAAAUCAAAUGAUGAUGAAGAUAAACAAUCAGUGCCUUCAGGAACAAUCUGUGAUAUCAAAAUAGCCGAGUCAUUCCCACUUACACAGCAACACUUGGCAGGUUUAGAACAAUGUCAGUGGCUGGGUAGGAACCAGACAAUCAAGGAACCAGGACUUACAUUUUAUUUGGAUGGUGCCCAUACUGUAGAAAGUAUUCAGCAAUGUGUUGAAUGGUUCUCUACAGAAGCAAAUUCAGAAAAGUCUCGUUCAAAACGUGGUGUGUACAGAGUAUUGAUAUUCAACACAACAGGUGAUCGCGAGACAACCAGUUUGCUCAGUCCUUUAUUGUGUUGUGAUUUUGAUGCAGUCCUGUUCUGUCCAAACAUUGCAUAUGAGAAUGCUAUGAGUGCUGAUCAAACAAACAACACAGUUACCAGGGAAGGUCAACUCAAGCGAUGUAUAACAAAUAAAGAGACUUGGGAGAAGCUCUUGAAUGAAUGUGAUGAAAUGUCUAAAAAUAGUAACUUAUGCAAUGGCAGUAGCUCUAAGUCUACAAAAGGACAUGCGCAAACAGAGACAGUAACUGCAGAAAAUGGUUUGCAUUCAAAAAACAGAAAAUUAGAAUCACACGCAUUACCAACCAUAUCACAUUGUUUAAACUGGGUGUGUAAAAGGCAAUGGAAGACUGGUGAAAAUGGAUAUAUGUCGCAAAAUCAUGUAAAUGGUGAAUUAAAUGGACAUGUGGCCAAUGGUUAUGAGGAAAAUCAUACGUGUGUAUCUGACAAUCUUGAAGACAGUCAUGGUUGUGUAAAUGGGACAUCAGAGAUAAACUUAGGGGCAGGAGAUAUAGGGGCAUUACAAUUGGGCCCGCAAAUUCAAGUCCUUGUGACGGGCAGUAUGCAUUUAGUGGGUGGGGCAUUGAGGGUGUUGUGGGAUAAACAGUCGUGAAUAUGCUUGUUAACUAUUUUACUGUCAAAUCAUAAACAUUAUUGCAGUCAGUUUUCCUGGUUGGGUCAGUUGGCAGUUUGAUAUCAUGCCCACUAAUCAGUACUUUUGACCAAAACCAUGAAUUUGUAUGCAAAUGAAAUUAAUUGACUUGACAGUAUGUGAUCUUGUUUUACCUCGGUAUGAGUGCAGUAUGUCAUAAAUAAGUUUAUUACAGUAUUUUCUUUUGCAGUAUGUCAUUAAUAAGUUUAUUACAGUAUUUUCUUUUCAUGUUACUUAAUUGCUUCAUCUUAAAGUAUUGAACAAACUUAUGAGAAAUUCAAUAUUAUCAAAACUUUGUUGUACCCCCCGACAACAAAGUUGUAAGGGGGGGUAUACUGGUUUCAGGUUGUCUGUCCGUCUGGUCGUCUGUCCGUAGACGCAAUCUUGUGCGCACCAUCUCUCCUUAUCCCCUUGACAGAAUUUAAUGAAACUUCACACAAGUGAUCAGUACCAACAGUAGUUGUGCAUGGGGCAUGUUAGGUUCUUUUAGAAAAAAAAUUUGCAGAGUUAUGGGACUUUGUUUUUUUGUUACUAUACUAUAUACAUAGACACAAUCUUGUGCGCACCAUCUCUCCUCAUUCCCUGGACACAAUUUAAUGAAACUUCACACAAGUGAUCAGUACCAACAGUAGUUGUGCAUGGGGCAUGUUAGGUUCUUUUAGAAAAAAAUUUUGCAGAGUUAUGGGACUUUGUUUUUUGUUACUAUACUAUAUACAUAGACACAAUCUUGGGCGCAGCAUCUCUCCUCAUCCCCUUGACACAAUUUAAUGAAACUUCACACAAGUGAUCAGUAACAACAGUAGUUGUGCAUGGGGCAUGUUAGGUUCUUUCAGAAAAUUUUUACCAGAGUUAUGGGACUUUGUUUUUUUGUUACUAUACUAUAGACAUAGACACAAUCUUGUUGGCACCAUCUCUCCUCAUCCCCUAGACACAAUUUAAUGAAACUUCACACAACUUAUCAGUACCAACAGUAGUUGUGCAUGGGGCAUGUUAGGUUCUUUCAGCGACAAAAAUUGCAGAGUUAUGGGACUUUGUUUCUUGUUAACAUACUAUGUACAUACAGUCUGCAUAUGCAAUCUUGUGCAUGCCUAAUCUACCAAACCCUUGCACACAAUUUAAUGAAACUUCACACAAGUGAUCAGUACCAACCCUAGUUGUGCAUGGGGCAUGUUACAUUCUUUUAGAUAAAUAUUCUGCAUAGUUAUGGGACUUUGUUUUUUGUUAGCUCACAUGUCACACAGUGACAGUGUGAGCUUUUGUGAUAGCGCAGCGUCCGUCGUCCGUCUGUGCGUGCGUGCGUCCGUGCGUAAACUUUUGCUUGUGACCACUCUAGAGGUCACAUUUUUCAUGGGAUCUUUAUGAAAGUUGGUCAGAAUGUUCAUCUUGGUGAUAUCUAGGUCAAGUUCGAAACUGGGUCAACUGCGCUCAAAAACUAGGUCAGUAGGUCUAAAAAUAGAAAAACCUUGUGACCUCUCUAAAGGCCAUAUUUUUCAAUGAAUCUUCAUGAAAGUUAGUCAGAAUGUUUACCUUGAUGAUAUUUAGGUCAAGUUCGAAACUGGGUCAGGUGCCAUCAAAAACUAGGUCAGUAGGUCAAAUAAUAGAAAAACCUUGUGACCUUUCUAGAGACCAUAGUUUUCAUGGGAUCUGUAUGAAAAUUGGUCUGAUUGUUCAUCUUGAUGAUAUCUAGGUCAAGUUCGAAACUGGGUCACGUGCUGUCCAAAACUAGGUCAGUAGGUCUAAAAAUAGAAAAACCUUGUGACCUCUCUAGAGGCCAUAUUUUUCAAUGGAUCUUCAUGAAAAUUGGUCAGAAUGUUCAUCUUGAUGAUAUCUAGGCCAAGUUCAAAACUGGGUCAGGUGCGGUCCAAAACUAGGUCAUUAGGUCUAAAAAUAGAAAAACCUUGUGACCUCCCUAGAGGCCAUAUAUUUCAAUGGAUCUUCAUGAAAAUUUGUCAGAAUGUUCAUCUUGAUAAUAUCUAGGCCAUGUUUGAAAGUGGGUCACGUGAGUGCAAAAACUAGGUCAUUAGGUCUAAAAAUAGAAAAACCUUGUGACCUCCCUAGAGGCCAUAUUUUUCAAUGGAUCUUCAUGAAAAUUGGUCAGAAUGUUCAUCUUGAUGAUAUCUAGGCCACAUUCGAAAGUGGGUCACGUGCGGUCAAAAACUAGGUCAGUAGGUCUAAAAAUAGAAAAACCUUGUGACCUCCCUAGAGGCCAUAUUUUUAAAUGGAUAUUCAUGAAAAUUAGUCAGAAUGUUCAUCUUGAUGAUAUCUAGGUCAGAUUCGAAAUUGGGUCACGUGCGGUCAAAAACUAGGUCAUUAGGUCUAAAAAUAGAAAAACCUUGUGACCGCUAUAGAGGCCAUAUUUUUCCAUGGAUCUUCAUGAAAGUUGGUCUGAAUGUUCACCUUGAUGAUAUCUAGGCCAAGUUCGAAAGUGGGUCACAUGCAUCAAAAACUAGGUCAUUAGGUCUAAAAAUAGAAAAACCUUGUGACCUCUCUAGAGGCCUUAUUUUUGAAUGGAUCUUCAUGAAAAUUAGUCAGAAUGUUCACCUUGAUGAUAUCUUGGUCAAGUUCGAAAGUGGAUGACGUGUGGUCAAAAACUAGGUCAUUAGGUCUAAAAAUAGAAAAACCUUGUGACCUCUCUAGAGGCCAUACUUUUCAUGAGAUCUUCAUGAAAAUUUGUCAGAAUGUUCAUCUUGAUGAUAUCUAGAUCAAGUUCGAAACUGGGUCACAUGCCUUUAAAAACUAGGUCAUUAGGUCAGAUAAUAGAAAAACUUUGUGACCUCUCUAGAGGUCAUAUUUUUCAAUGGAUCUUCGUGAAACUUGGUCAGAAUUUUUAUCUCAAUAUCUAGGUCAAUUUUUAAACUGGGUCGCAUGAGCUCAAAUACUAGGUCACUAUGUCAAAUAAUAGAAAAAAACGACGUCAUACUCAUUUCAAAACUGGGUCAUGUGGGGACAGGUGAGCGAUUCAGGACCAUCAUGGUCCUCUUGUUACUAUACUGUAUACAUACAGUCUAUAUACAUACAGUCCACAUAAUUAUGCAGUCUUGUGUGUGUCAAAUUGCAAUGUACUGUGUCAGUGCAUGCGGGGGGAACAUUCAUCACCUUUAGUGAUAGCUCUAGUUUAAAAUGUAUCCGGCAGAAUGAAAUUUUCUAAUCAUACAUGUCUGGAUCGGAAGAAUUUUUUUUUUGCAAAUAAAAGGGAUGAAAAUUUCCUGUUGAAACUGUUUCUGCUAAUUAUUGAAUAAGCACUACUUAACCUUUAAAUGAGGACAAUACUAGUUGGACUGAAAUUAGUCCGGAAUGUAUGAGAGAGGUGUAGAAAAUUUCUUUCCUUUGAAACCAAUUUUUCUCUCAAGAUUUUAUAGAUCAUGUAGAUUCACAAAACAAAAUCUCAUCACACAGGUAAUAUAGCCAUAAUGAUUUAUUUAUACUUUAGAAUUGGAAAUCUGAUAAUUUGUAAUGCAGUGACAUUUUGGCCAUAGCCACGAAAGGUUAUAACUGCCAUCAAAUUUAAAUGAUUUAUCAUCUUAGGCAUGCAAAAUGUAUUUCUAGUCAUUAACUCUUACCCCGCUAAAUUAUAAUGAAUUUGUCAAUCUUUCAAUUUGGACAGUUUCAUUAACUGUUAAAAGGGAUGCAUACCAAAAAGUUACAGACUGAAUGGCAAACAGUGCAGUUCAUCCGUGCAGUCUGAUCAUGAUCUGCACUGGUCGCAAAGGUAGAAUCAGUUGUGUUUAGCAUGAAUAGGGUUAAAUGCUUAAUUUAUAAGUAUCUUUGGGAAAUCAUAACAUAAUCGGGCUAAAAUAAAAUAGUAUAAACUAAACUAAAUAUAGAACAUGGUCAUCAGAUGUAAUUAGCUUUUCUAAAUGUAUAAUAAAUUGUGUACGUAGGGCUACAUUCUUAAGUAAAUGUUGUGCAGUAUCACUGGUUUGUUUGAAAAAAUAACUUAGAGUUUUGUUUGUGGAAGUACACAUUUAUAUUGUGUUUAGCCAUAUGUGUAUUAAGUGUGUAUUAUUUUAAACCUAAUGUAUAGUUCUGCUGAUAUACAUAAACUUGUUUAUUUUUUUGUUAACAUAAACUAUAUUUACCAGGUAGUCAUUAUUCCAUACCUCAUGUUUUUAUUUUGAUGUAAAUGAGAUGUGGAACCAAAAUUUGUAGUCCUGUUUGGUGCCAUAUAACCUAUACUGUGUUGGUGUGCCGUAAAACCCAAAUAAAUAAACAAAUUAUUCAUAUUUUCAGAUAUCAAAUAUUAAGAGUCUAGUAUACUUUUAAUACAUGUUGAAAUAAAAAGGUGCCUUAUUAAUGCAUUCAAGGAUUUUAGCAGGAUCUUGCGAUUGUUGUAUUUUAUUGUUACUGACUUACUGCACUCGUAACUAAGCAAUGUUUUUUUUACAAAGAUUGUGAUAUGCAGUAUAUUGUUGUGUGGGGGGAAUUUCUGUUUUAGCAAGUUUAUUUCAUAUUUCAGUAUUUUUGUUUAGUAUUUACCGGUGGUCUCUUCUUUGAUGAACAUUCUCUGGGAUGCUCUGUAUGACAUGUUGUGGGGACAAAUAAUACAGUUGGGUGAUAUAGUUUAUAGAAAACUCAUACAAGUGUACAGUACUGUUUUCAGGGACUAAAAUGAUGUAGUAUGGUGACAAGGCCACACCCGAGUCUUCAUAUUUUUUUACCUUCUGGUGUGCAUAAGUGUUAAGGGGAAAAUAAGUCCAAAAUUUAAAACUGUAGAAUAAGAUCUUGACAAAUGUGUACUAUUUGACUCUGUAAUUUUGGUGACUAGAUUUUAUUUUCAGAAUUUCCUCCUCAUUUACAAUACCUAUAACUUAAUAUCAUUUAGAACAUCUGUUAGAGUGUUUGUAGUAUCUUGAAUCGGCCAGGAGUAUUUUUAGAAGAUACUGUUUGGUAAAUUGUUAGCCUAUGGAGUGGAUAUUUUUAUUCUAUAUUCAAUAUAUACUAAAUGUAUUCUUUAUAUACCAAGUAAGAUUUUCUGUCAGUAACCCAAGUCUGAUAAAAAAUAAGAACAAAAAGCAGGAUAUUUUAAAACAAAACUGGUGUCUCAGAAUGAAUAUAAUGGGAGAAAUUCCAAAAUUAUUAUACUAUUGUUGUUGUUUUUUUUCUUAAAAAAAAGGAAGCCUUUUGACAUGUUCUAAGUGCAUAAGAGUGGUCUAAUGACUGUGGAGUGAUGUUCCAGCUACGUUAGAGUGACCUUUUGAUGGCUUUAAAGUGAUGUUUUCAUGUGUUGUCUAAUACUUUUAGCAAAAAUAUAUAUGGACAAUAAAAUAAAUACACCUUAUUAAUUGAAGAUAAUGAAGUCGAACUAAUAUGUGUUUGGUUAUCUAGUUAGAUGGAUACAAGAUGCAAUUGUAUUAAAUCUUUGUAAUUUGAUGGAUUGCUCAAAUGUUACAUUUUUAAGAAUGGCAAAUUUUUAUUGUGAAAUUUAAAAAAAAAGAAAUAAACAUUUUUGUCUACA